AUGCUGGGGCGUGAGCCAGCGCGAUCCUGGAUCCCCCCCAAUGCAGCCCUGGCCGCCCUGGAGUCAGAGACUGGGACCAGCUAUGAUGCGGGCCGGCUCCCCCUGGGCUCCCACCUGCUCGACCUGGUCUGCCACGAGGUCAUUGCCGAGUCGGAGGACAGGACAGGGGACGCCGAUUGGGCCGCCCGGCGCGCCGCCACGCGGGCUCUGGACGCGCUGCCGCUGGGCCCCGCCCUCUUCGAGCCCACCCAAGUGGUCCAGGGUGCUCACGCCGGCUGCGUCGCGUGCCUGGCCAUGGUCUGCAUCCCAGGCAAGGGAGCCGCGGUGCUAUCGGGCGGCGCGGACGGAUGCCUGGCGGCGACGGAGGUGGCCACGGGGGCCGUGCUGGCCUCCUCCUCGGUUGCCGGCAGUGGCGUGCUGAGCUUGGCUGUGCUGCCCGACCAGGAGGCGGGUCCCCUGGUCGCCGCCGGCUGCAUGGACGGCGCCGUCGUGCUGGUGCGCGCUGAGCUGGCAGCCUCGCCCCCCUCGCUGCCCAUACUGGCCACCUGCGCCGGGGCGCACAGGAACACCGUGCUGCUGGAGCUGGUGGUGGAGCGCUCCGGGCCCGGCGCCGACUCAAUGCUGCGGAUCGCAAACCGGCACGGGCUGAAUGAGGACCCCGACGACCCCCACCUGUCCUUCUCCGCACGCGGCCUGGCCUGGUCGCCCUGCGGUGGCUUCCUGGCGGUCGCCACGGACGCGGGGCGGGUGCUGCUGAUGGGUCCCGGGGACGCAGCCGGCGCGCUGCGCCCGCUGCGCCGCCUGUUCGGCCUGCCCCUGGACCGCUUCCAGAACUGGGGCGUGGGCUGGGCGGGGGCGGGGGUGGUGUGCGCCGCCGGCGCGGGGGGUGCGGUGCAUGCCUUCCACGCGGCCACUGGAAAGUGCGUCGGAGUGCUGCGGGCGCACACGCCCGCAGCCGUGCGGGCGCUGGUGGGGAUGGAGGACGGGCAGCUGGCUACCAGCAGCUUUGACGGCAGCAUACGCCUGUUUGCCUGA